CAAAACUCAGACACCAACUUUUUCCGUCGAUCACUUGUUCACUAUUAGACAAGUGGCCGCCGGGCAUUGUGCACCAUUGGUUUUCUUGCGACACUUGAUGUGAGUAAAGUGCAACAUCAUUACCAAAAUUGUAAAUAAAUCGACCGCUACUAGAAUCUUGCAAGUUUAUCCCAUGUUUUUGGAACUCGUGAUAAGUGAAGAGUGGAUGACUCAGAUGCAUUAGGAAGCUCUUAUGAAUGAUACCUGAUAAGGACAUAUUUCAGUGAUUAAAAGAGUGGAAGAUUAUCAACUGAUUAUAUCGAAUCAGUAGAGAUAAUGGAGGAUGUUAGAACUGAUUGUUCAGUGCACAACCGUUCUUUUGUCACAUAAAGCAAACAAAUUAAUCAAGUGUGACCAAGCCCCACUGGUGAUUUUUGUCCCUUUGGACGGCAUUUAGAAAGACGAAAAUCUGGAGAUAUGAUAGGCUGUGACAGCUUUUCGAUAGAUUUGCGUAAGUGGCGACAAAUCGUUGCAGCCGUUAUCGCCAAUUUGGCAGCUGUAACAGGUGGAAUGCUGUCAAGUUGGAUCUCACCUUUGGGUCCUCGACUUACAGAGCCGGACACUCCCGUUGGAACGGAACCCAUAACGGAGAGUGAGAUCUCCAUUCUGUCUUCGGCAACAGGUCUGACGUCACUGUUUGCCUUAAUUUUUUAUGCACUAUCAGCUGGAAAAAUCAGUACCAAAGUCCAAGCGUGGAUCAUAGCAAUUUCAGGAAUUGGCGGGUGGCUACUGAUACUCUUUGCCCAAAAUUUCUAUUACCUUUUGAUUGCAAGGAUCUUAGCCGGAGUUGUGUGCGGAUUAACAUUCUCCAUGAUGCCUGUCUAUGUCACGGAAAUAGCUGAGGAUUCCAUCAGAGGUGCAUUGGGAAGUCUUCUCUCCUUUGGUAUCAAUAUAGGGGGGUUCCUGUCAUUUAUACUCGGGGCCACCUUGAAUUAUCACACUUUUGCGGUCUGCGGGCUGAUUGUUCCCGUGAUGUUUAUUGUUGGAUUCGUUUUUCUACCCGAAUCCCCUGCGUAUUUCAUGAGGAAAGGGUUCAUUGAUAAUGCAACUAGAUCUCUGAUGUGGUUAAGGAAUAACGACCAGACAGUUGUAGAUCGCGAGUUGAAGCUGUUGAAGAAGCAGUUUACGUCUGAUUCGGUAAAAAUCGGGGGGAUAAAGGAUCUGUUCAGGAAUCGAGGAACGAUUAAAACAUUGAUGAUCUCUCUAACAUUAUAUGCAGGACAACAUUUCGGUGGUUAUGCUAUAAUUUUUUCCUAUACAGGAAUGAUCUUCGAGAAAGCGAAUAGAGGAUCGGUUGCUGUGAGCGCUGACGACUCGUUACUAGUCAUCGCCGGGAUACAAAUAAUCGGAUCGCUGAUACCAACAUUUACGAUGGACCAUCUUGGAAGGAGAAAGCUCAUUAUUUCAUCUUGCCUAGGAAUAACAACUUGUCAUGUAGCUUUCGGAAUUUAUCUUCUGUUACAAAGUCGAGGGUAUGAUUUAUCAUCUGUAGCCUGGAUACCACUGGUUGCAGUGUCUGGUUUUGGGGUUGUUUAUUGCGCAGGACUAGGUCCUGGCACAUCCAUUGUUACUUCCGAGUGUUUUGGUCCGGAUAUUGUAAGUUUAGGAAUUUCUAUUUCUUUGGCUGCAGAAUUUCUCUCCAACUUUUUCACAACACUAGCUUUUCCAUUUGUAAGCUCACAAUUCGGAAUGCACGUGAGCUUCUUCAUUCUCGCGGCUUGUCCUGUUGUUACAAUGACUAUUAUUUUUUGUAUUCUUCCCGAGACUAAGGGGCGGUCUAAGGUUGCUAUUGCUCAGCAAUUGAACUGCCAGGAGAAGGAAGACGAUGAUAAUGCGGUAAAUUUGAAUGACAAUGGGAUUGGAAAGAAUGCCUUGUAAUUUUAUUCCUUUUUCUUCUGACGCAUUAUUUAUGUAAAUAUUUAAUAAGUUUUAAUCAUUUUUGAUGCUGAUCCAAGGCAUAAAAAACUUUCAAUGGUA